CUAUGAAUUCGCCACACAGGAUUCAACGACCACCCAACUCAAUUACAUUCUCUUAAUCUCCGAGCUCGGUUCUCUGUUAAUCGCAACAGAAGAAAAAAACGUCUGAGGCCAGAGAAGUAAUACAGUGCGCCGCCAGAGUCCGAAGGUGAAAUAGACAAAGCUGAAAAAUGUUCCUGCGAUUGGUUGCGCGGCCGUUGUUGGCGAAGGUGAAAGAGACAACGGGGAUCGUUGGGUUAUACGUUGUCCCCAACGCCAGGGAAGUCUUGAUCGGGCUCUACAACAAGACCCUUAAGGAGAUCCAGGCAGUACCCGAAGACGAGGGCUACCGUAAGGCCGUGGAGAGCUUCACGCGCCACCGUCUGAAGGCCUGCCAAGAGGAAGAAGACUGGGAAAUGAUCGAGAAGCGUCUAGGAUGUGGCCAGGUGGAGGAGCUCAUUGAGGAAGCGCGCGACGAGCUCACUCUUAUCGGGAAGAUGAUCGAGUGGGAUCCUUGGGGUGUUCCCGAUGACUAUGAAUGCGAGGUUAUCGAAAAUGAUGCUCCAGUUCCCAAGCAUGUUCCACUGCACCGUCCCGGUCCUCUCCCGGAGGAGUUCUACAAGACGCUCGAAGCCCUUUCUAAAAAGGAUGAUCCUAAAAUCACCUCGGGGGAGCCACAGACAAAGGAGUAAGCAUGCUGAAGGCAUUUUGGCUAUGGACACUUAUGUUUUCAAAGUCGAAGAUUGCAUUUUUCUAAUCACCCUUUGUUUUUGUUUUUUUCAAUCUCGUAUUGUGCCUGUUCUUUGAUGGAACAUAACUUAAACCCUAAAGACAAAAGCUAGAACCAUUCAGCUGCUAAUAAUAUUAAUGCUUGGGUCC